CAGGUGAGCCAGGUUACCAAAGGAACCAUGCUUCCCAUUUCUUCUGGAAAGUUAUGCCAAUUUCUCUGCGUGUCUCGGUUCCCUUCUAUCCUGUUCCUUGGAAUAAUUUAUGUAGCCUAUGUCCUUGUUGGAGGGCUGAUUUUCUGGAAACUAGAAGGAUGGUAUGUUUUGCAACAGACUGAUCUCCUUAAAGAGAAAAGAAUGAAACUACUUGAGAACUACCCAUGUGUGGGUCAGAAUGGGAUCCGAGAACUAGCACAGAUGAUAAAAGCUGCUUCCUUGAGUGGCUUGAGUCCAGACAGCAAUGACACUGCAGAUGGCUUCUGGAAAUUUACCAGCUCAUCUGUGUUUGCGGCAACUGUGGUCACAACUAUUGGCUAUGGGAAUAUAAUUCCAAUGACGGCAGCUGGUCAAAUCUUCUGUGUGUUGUUUGCACUUUUUGGCAUUCCCCUGAAUGUAGUGGUCUUAAAUAGAGUCGGAAAAUACAUGCUGGCCAUUGAAAGGAAUUUUUGUGAUUUUCUGGAGAAAAAAAUUGAUAGAGGGAAAUGUGUACGAAUAUCCAUUCACAGCAUAUCAUUUGUGAGCUCAGCAUUUCUGUACUUUGUGGUUCCUAUGCUGCUUUUUAAAGAGUAUGAGGGAUGGAGUUACGCUGAAGCCAUUUAUUACUGCUUCAUAACACUCAGCACUGUUGGAUUCGGAGAUUAUGUUGCAGACCGAAACCCAGCGAUACACUACCCUGAGUGGUACGGUUGUCUGAUAGCAGCCUGGAUAUUCUUUGGCCUGGCUUGGCUCGCUCUUCUGAUCAAUCACUCCAUUGAUUUACUGGAGAGUGUGAAUGUUUACAUGAGAGGAAGACAGAAUGCACAAACACAAGUGGAGGAGUCCAAAGAACAGCCAGAAAAGGACUGAAAGGGGAAGAAAAAUGAAACAUGAAAAAAAUAAUUUUACAGUUGUACGACAAAACAGGAGGGUGUUUGGUGUAUGAAUAAUGCUGUAUCUACUUAUCAUUAAACAAUAUAUGGUUAAUCAUUAAGCUAAAUACUCAAUGUUUAAAGUAUCCUUCAAAUUAAUCAAUAAAAUGUAAAC